AGGGAGAGACAUGAGAAACCCACAGCAUAUAAAUGACAGACAUUGAGAGCAAGUGAUCUCUGCCGUCCUGAGGGGGCCCCUGAGCUCACAACAUUGAACUGAUUAAUAUGUAAACAAACCCAUUAGUCCACGCAUGUGCUCUUAAUUGUGGGAUACUUCUGAGGAGUCGGGUUUGCAGUGGCUACACACAAAGAAUGGGCGUGAGUUGCCCCUCGAAAGGGAGCCCAGAGACUCUUGCUUUUUUAGCAGCAGCGAUCUGAGCGCUCAGUUCACAGUCUGCGAGAGACAGAGAGAGCAUACUAGCGGGAUGGAGAGCACAGGAUUUACCACCACAAUUGUCUGAAUACCCUUCCAAAACCAACUAAGACGCACAGGAGGGAGGGGAGUCACAGCCGGAGAGAGUCUGAGUGCGUCUGUGUGUCAGAGGGUGUUUGAGUGAGUGAGGCAGCAUCACAGCUAGAGGAAGAGAGAGAGAGAGAGAGGAAGAGAGAAGGGAGUAAAGUCUGGACCAGGUGAUCGAGUACUAACAAACCUCCAAGGGGCUGCCGGGUUGUAUCAGUGUGCACGGGAUCAGCGAUCCGACCAUGGUACCCGCGCGCUGCCCGGGACCCUGUGCCAUGCUGGCUCUCACCCUUCUUUUGGGAUGCGGCGUGGCUUUCUGCCUCGGCCAGAACGACACGGAACCCAUCGUGCUCGAAGGGAAGUGUCUCGUGGUGUGCGACUCGAACCCUUCUUCGGACGGAGGGGUCACCUCCUCACUUGGCAUAUCAGUCCGCUCCGCUGGGGCAAAGGUGGCUUUUUCCGCCGUGCGUGGAACCAACCAUGAGCCAUCAGAGAUGAGCAACACGUCUAUGACCAUCUAUUUUGACCAGGUAUUAGUGAACAUCGGCAACCAUUUCGAUCUCAAAGCAAGUGUUUUCCAAGCUCCGAGGAGGGGGAUCUAUAGUUUCAGCUUUCACGUGGUGAAGGUCUACAACAGACAAACCAUACAGGUGAACCUGAUGCAGAAUGAUUAUCCGGUUAUAUCAGCAUUCGCCGGUGACCAGGACGUUACGAGAGAGGCGGCCAGCAACGGAGUACUGCUGAUGGUGGAGCGGGAGGACCGGGUCUAUCUGAAGCUGGAACGGGGCACCCUCAUGGGCGGAUGGAAAUACUCCACCUUCUCAGGCUUUCUAGUCUUUCCUCUAUAAUCUAAUCUGCGAUGACCCACGUCGCACGGGACCCUGCCUAUGUCGAGGAACGAAAAAAAAAUAACAAAACAAAACAUACCAUUUAUUUUUAACUUAAAUAACUGUCAGCCAAGGAAGCCGACGAAUAUCUGUAUACCUACACUCGUCCACUAUCUAGUCAAAUAUGAACGUUUCCUUGGAGUUUCAUUAUUCAAAUCCAUCAGUCAACUUUAACGCAAUCUGGAUGAUUAAACGUAUUGAUCGGCCAGUGGCGUGUGCUUGUCGGGUAUGUGGAUUUUUUUCUUGCUUGGAAAUCAAAACUUUGCCAACAGACAAAAGGGGUGCACCUGGGCAAAAAACGGACACGGGAGAAGAAGACGAUUGAGUGGAAAAACUGAUGUCCUGCACAGGCCGAGUGUGUUAUGCUCUAUUUUAUGUUUGUAUAGCCUUAAAGAGUAUAUGGUUUCCGUCCAAGUGAAGUAUAUGGAAUUAUGGACAACCAGAGAAGAAGUGCUUUCACACCCAUGGCAUUUUUUUGCACGAGUGGAAGUUUUUACUUUAUGUUUUUUGUGCUGUCAAUGGUGUUGCGUUUGGAUGCUGAACAUAUUGAAAAUAAGCCAAAUGUAGGCCGCCAACGAGUUUAUUAAAAGAGAAAAAAGGCGACAUAUUUCAGCCACCGGAGACGACUUAGAGCCCUUUUAUUAAAAAAAAUAAUUAUAUAAUUUAUAAAGUACAUAUUCACAUUAUUGUGUGUUCUACAUUUCGGAAUCUGCGUAGCUUUGACUGAUUUAAUGUUCAGUGACGUUGCUCACCAAAUGUACAUUGUGGAAAUAAUAGAAGAAUCCCUAUAUGUCCCGCUUAAUAAAAUAUAUUGUAUUGUAUAGGCUAAGCGCAUUUAUCACUUUUCAUUGACAUUGCUUUGCAUUUUUAAAAAAAGGAGCAGGGUGAAGAAGGCAAAAAAUGCUUGUUGUUUAGAAGUGAGACUUUUGUCAGUGAAGUUAAACGAGACCAAAGGCCUCAGGAGGAGACAGACAGCGGUGACUGAGAGCUGCUGCUGUAGUCGCUGUCCGAGGUGCUGAAACACUCAGCUGGACUCACUCAGAAAGUCUCAAGGCAGCACUUGUUACACGUUAAGAAACGCAUACAACGGCGUCUGCACGUAAACGAAAUAGAAUUGCUAAACGAUUUUUUUUUUUAAGAUAUCAACUUUAACGUGUUUAAAACGCCCGUUGUUGCUGCUGAUUGGGUAGUGAUUGCUGGGACUGAGCAUCAAGUUACAGCACAACACGACACUGGAGCGUCUUUACGCAGCGCACAGACGGGUAGAGACAACAGAGGAACGCUUUCUCUUACAGAGCACAGGCAAAGGCCCCAUUGCAUAAACAUAUAAACGUAAACUUUGAUGGACAAUCGCAUACUUUUAAGGCUGAUACGAUGAAAGAAGGCGAAACCGUCUGCAGUUUAGAUUAACAAGCGCUAACUUUCCCGCCCUGUGGUGUAGGUUUGGGGUUUUUUUUAAUCACAUAAUUGGAUGCCACCGUAUUGGAAAAUACCCUCUCUCUCUCCCUCUCUCUCUCUCCCUCUCUCUCUCUCUCUUUCUUUCUCUCUCCCACACACAUACACAUACACACACAUUUUUCAGUGAAUGAGCUGAAGAAAAAAAAUGCUAUUAGCCAUUACAGAACACAGUUGAAGAGACACAUGUUGACUUAGAGUAAUCACCAACAAUAAUAUAUUUAGCAGCCCUAUUUUAAUAUUUGAACACAGGCUUUCUUUGACAUAUGCCAAAUAUGGGAAAUAUGAGGGAAACUUGCUGGUCUCAUCAUGCACAGUGAUGAGGUGAAUCCAGGUGAAAGGCUUUAUCCUUUAUUGAUUGCCCUUGUUAAAUCAGUGCCAGUGCCAGUUUGGGGCAAUAUAGAUGUGGACUAAAGAGCAAAAGCACUGCCGCUGCAACUCAGUAUCAGGAAGGUGUCCCUACUGUUUUCAACACUUACGGAAGUUGCAGUUAAGUUGUCUUUAAUUUUGCAGGUCAACAUAAUUGAUCUCUUUUAUUUGAGGCUAUUGGAUCAAAGGGUAAACUGUGUUAACUCGUGCUUCAGCUUAGUUUGUAAAAGGCCAUUUUCCAUUGACUUUUUUAGUGCUUUGGGGGCUGUUGAAACUCUGAUGUGUUAACUCUGGGGACUCGAUCCAGGACACACCUUUAAACUUCCUGUACGGAGGCUGGGCUUCAGUGUGACUGCCAAUGUCCUCACUGAAACAAGUACAUGGAAAGAAAAAAAACACCUAAAGAACAGACACUGCUGAAUACAAAACAUAGCUUCUUAAUCACUUUGCGUGGAGAGAAGAGAGGACAGACUGCAGAAACUGUGAAGUUUGCCAUUGCUUAUCUCAAUCAAGCUCAGCUAAAAUUAGUCUGUAAAGCUUGAAAAAAAAAAAAAAACCUUUAAUUUACUUUGUUCAGCCUUUUUAAAUCAACAAGGUUCUUGAGUGACUAGAUGGAGACCCUCUCAUUGGUUGAACAUCAUGAAAACAGAAAGUCAUUCAGUGGAGAAAAUGUCCAAACGAAGCCAGCAUGACACUGGCUAAAGACAAAAACAACUUAGUUAUGAGUAAUGUGGAAAAUAUGCCAGAGGAGUUAAGAGCCUUAUUACAACACUUGAUGAUAAUCCCCAGCUUGUUGAAACACAUUCAACCAUAGUCUGUCAAACACAAACAUAACAAAACAUAAAAAAUAAGAGUUUGUUCACGUGGGUUCAGAAUGCAAUCCAACAGCUGCUCAGCUCGGAAAACAUCUGCAUUUAUAACUGAUAAUAUCACACGUGAACAUCUGGAAACUUGAGUUUGAUGGCUUGCUUCUUCUAUGUGACUUAAAAAACAAACAAACAAACAAACAAAAAAACAUAUACCUUCAUCUUGAGUGUGACAGAACACAACAGCUGAGAACAAAGAGAAAGACCUGCUGAUAGCCUGCUGAUGCCAGCAAUAGGACUGCACAAAGCAGCAGAAACUGCCAGCAAAUCAGACUGAUUUGGAGAGUGUAUUAAAUUGGCCUAUAAAGUGCUAAUUGUGCCCAUACUGGAAUGAAAAGUCUGUUUCCAAAUGAUUCCCUUAGAUAAUUAAGAUAGCCGUCAAAUGCGUACUCAGUGCACACAGAAAAUGAGAAAAGAAAACAAAAACACUUUUUGGUUAUUGCAGUGAAGUCUGACUAAAUCUAUUCCAUCAUGUAAAUAAUAUAACUUUCAUAGAUGGGAUUAUUAAAGGGAAAGAUGAGAGAUAUUUGCUGAAUUUGUUGAAUCUAGAAAGACAUUUUACACCUUCAGAGGCACAUUUCUAUCCAAAAUGUUGUAUAACAGAUACCACAGUGCUUCCAGUCUACUCACUUACUAAACUCACCCACGUUUUCAUGUUAUGUUGAUGUAUAAAUGUAUAAUUCGCCUACCCCAAAGUACAAUCAGUCUCCAAAUAUGGGGUCCAUUUUAAUGGAGGCACAGAUGGCAUUUUACUGUGCUUUGUAGACCACAUGCAGAUAAUUACAAAACUUGUACACGCCAUUAAAAAACCCCAAACUCUUA